CGAGAACGAGGCGCUAGGGUGACAAUUUUCUCUCAUUCGCGGUAGUACAAAACGGCGACAACACGCAUUUGGAUUUUGACGUGUGACAGCAAACAGCUGCAGCCAGAUUCGGUUGCAGAUUGAUAGUGUAUCGAAAUAAAGACGUUUUGGAAUGAAACAGUGAUUGAAAUGGCUGAAAGUAAAGGUGCGUUGAUCGCGAAAACAGUGCAAAAACAUGCCGGACGUGCGAAGGAAAAGCUCCUUCAAAACUUGGGCAAGGUAGACCGGACCCUCGACGAUAUAUUCGAAGAGCACCUGCAGAACUUCAACAGGCAGCAUCAGCAGGCCACCAGGCUUCAAAAGGAAUUCAAUAACUACAUAAGAUGUAUACGAGCGGUGCAAACGGCAUCAAAGUCUUUGAUGGAGGCUAUCACGGAAGUUUACGAGAGUGGAUGGUCUGGCCACGACCUCCUGUACGUGCAGGCGCAAAACUUGGAGAUGCUAUGGCAGGACUUCUCUCACAAGCUCGGCGAUCAAGUACUCAUACCGCUCAAUACGUACACCAAUCAGUUCCCUGAAGUCAGGAAAAAGAUCGAGAAACGUGGUCGCAAGUUGGUGGACUACGACAGUCAAAGGCACAGUUUCCAGAAUCUGCAAUCGAACGCUACGAAGAGAAGGGACGAUGUUAAGGUAACCAAAGGCAGGGAACAACUAGAAGAAGCAAAACGCACAUACGAAGUCCUAAACUCUGAACUGCACGACGAACUGCCAGCACUAUACGACUCCCGGGUUCUAUUCUACGUCAACAAUCUGCAAACACUCUUCUCGGCUGAACAACUGUUCCAUUCUGAAAGUCAUAAGGUAUUCGGCGAACUGGAAGCGAUAACGGACAAGCUGGCGAACGACUGCCAGCGCGGGUCGUACAGCAAGAAGUCCAACAACGUGACCAUGAACAACGUCGCGCCGCCCGCCUCCCCGCCCGCGCUCGGCACCCUCAACGGGAAGCACACUGACACCGUGCAGACUCCUCCGUCCCCCGCGAUGAACGGUUCGUCUCCCCCGCCGUCCCCUGCCGAGGGGGACACUCCGGCCGCAGAGGUCCGAGCUCCCCCCCUCCCAGAGCCCCGCAGUGAGGAAUCAAGCAAAGAAAAAGCCCCAACGCCACCAGCAAAGAGAGAGGACAAGUCUCCAACGCCCCCAGUCACCAACAACAAUGUAGAGAAGGAACCAGCCGACAAGAAAGUUGAAGAAUUAUACGACAUACCUGUUGGGUCGCCCGUACCACCGGAGAAGUCAAAUAAUAACUCGGAGGAAAAGAGACAAGUAGAUGUAGAACCAAAGGGCGAGAAAGGGAAGGAGAAUGACAGUGAAAACAAGAACGACGAUGUUUACGACAUACCGAUCGGAGCGACCCUGGCCGGUCUACCAGCGGGCACGCUGUACCGCGUCCGCGCGACGUACCGCUACACGCGCGAGGAUUCAGAUGAACUGUCCUUCGACGUCGGCGAGGUUAUACGCGUUGUGGAGUAUGAUGAUCCUGAUGAACAGGAGGAAGGCUGGCUGAUGGGCAUUAAAGAAUCAACCAAUGAGAAGGGAAUGUUCCCCGCGAACUUUACGCGACCAAUAUGAAGCGCCGCAGUGUCAUGUCACCACACUAACCAACUAUAUAGGUAACAACCGAUUUGUACUACGAACUUUCUACACCAUGAUUUUGAUUUUAUUGUAAUCAUUAAUCAUUUUCUUUUACGUUUCAAUUAGUUAACGAUUCAAAAAUCUAUGUUAUAACUUAGUAUAGUUGUUGAAUGUUCAUAGAUUAUAUAUUAUUUAUUAUUUUUUGUGUUGUAUUACAACGAAUUAUGAUAAAUCGUAACCGUUUAACAGCGUUUGUAUAUACAGUGUAUGAGUAACUUCGUAUCAUCAUUUUAGUCACUUGUCGGUGUAGGGUUAAUUAUUUAACUUAUUGAUUAUUCCAUGUCACAUUGUAGUAGGAAAUAUUUUUGACAGCGAAAAUCAUAUCGACUCUAUAGAUUAUUCAUUCAAUGCAAUUUGAACCUUAACCUAUUGCAUUAAUGUCUAUCAUAUGUCAGAGUAUCAAAUGUGUUUCCUAUUUAACUCUACCAAUAUGUAUGACAAUAAUCUUAAACGAUUAUUAGAUUAUAUUAAAUAUAAAAAUCGAAAUUGCUCAUUGUGUAACAAAUAAAUAUAUUUUACAUUCAAAGUGACCUUAAAUUUUAUUAAAUAAAUUAAAUUAAAAUAUUGACGAACAAUUCGAAUAAGUGUUUUGAAGUUAUAAAGUAUGUAUUCAGUAUUAUUUAUUUUUUAUCAGUUUUAUUUAUAACCGAAAUGGUCCAUUUUACUUUUUGUGUAAAAAUGAAUAUUCCUACUUGGAAUUUGUUGAGUUAUUUUUGGAAAUGUCCUAAGAAUAAACUCUGCAACCUGUCUUCUCUAUGUAUAAUAUCAUUUGAGAUUAAAUACUAUUAAGUUUUUGCAGCAUUUAAAGGCUGCUUUGUAAUCUUUGCCUUCCAAUUUAUAUCUUAUAUUAUUACAUUUCCGACGACGCAUUUCAUUUCAUUUUCUUGAUUGCAUUUUCAAAGCGAUGUCUUAACACAUAAUCAUUAUAAAAAGGUUAAGUUUUAAUGUAUAUACAAUUGAUUUUAGAUUUUUUUGUUGACCCCCAUAUAUCAUAUUGUUAAUAAUAUAACAUAGGGACUAAAUCAAUCGAAUAUUAUAACUUUUGAAUAAACAUUUUUAAGUAGGUUAUAUCUUUUUGUUAAAUUAUAACUGUAUUAGAAACAGAUACUAACUAUAAAAUAGUGCUUAUGAAUAACAUCAGGAUUUAUAGUUAACAACUGAAGAUGUCUAUAAAUAAAGUUUACAUUUAUUUUCAAGAAUUGUAUGUUCAAUGCUCGAAUUUGUAAUAAAAGUGUCUCGAACAUUAACACAUUUAUUCAUAAACACCUUCAGGCUAAAAUUGUAACAGACUUUUUGUGCCCAGAACAAACAUUGAUAUUAAUGCCAGUGUCAAAUGAGGUGCUUUGAAAGUGUACAUAAUUAUAUAUAUUUUACAUUUUAAUCCCAUAUUUUUAGAAUAAGAUGGUUUGUAUUGUGUUCCAUUUUUAAAAACAACUUCCCAAAUAUUUCCCGUUGCCAACAUUAUUGAAAAUAGGUGGGCAACACUGACGAUUACAAUAUUUUGUCAUUAAUACUUUUUUGUGGGGAUGGACCCGAUACAACGUGCUCCUUGCGUGUGGAAUUUUAUGAAAAAUUGUAAACUAGUUUUAUUUAACAAUCUUAUAAUGAAUGACGAGCCACUUUAACGUAUAGACAGCGUUUGGUCAGUUACAGCUUACCGUGUAGCUCCACCUCUUAUCGAUCAUUGGAAUAAACAACUUUUAUACAAAUUUAUGACCUUAUCAAAUUUUGAAUAUCAAUUUUAAAGAACGACUGAAGUUUUUGUAGGCAAAGUGUUGAAAUGUUGCGAUAUUGUGUAGGAGUACAAUCCGACAUGUAGAAAGAUGUGGUUUUAUCGUCAGUGCCAUGCAAUGUCCAUAUGUAAUGUUAAUUUAUAAGUUUGUUAGGACUUGUACAGUUUUUACAAGUGGAAAAUAAAAUAUUUCG